AAUGGACAAAAAGAUUUUGGGAAUGUUAAAAAAUGCUAUAAAACCUCCUAUUAAGGAUUAUAAUAUUACUUGGACUGACCACAUCAUUGAAGAUUCUUUACCAAUAGAAACUAAUACAUCCAAUAAACCAAUUAUUAGUUUCUUUAGUGAUAAUACUACACCUCCACCGGCUACUCAAAACAUCUUUACAGACAUAAAAAUUCAACAAGCUCCAUUUUUAAUUCCACCAAUUUAUCCUGGUGCUCGAUUCAUAGUUUAUUGCUUUUUAGAAAAAGGUGUUGAAGUUUGUAAAGAAAUUAUAUUAAAUGCAAGUUCUCAUGAUGGCCCUAUGAGGCUUUCCAUUCCAUUAGAUCCUGUGGUUUUACAAGGAUCAAAAAUACAUACGCUUGCUGCCAGAAAAGUUAUUCAAGAUCUUGAAGAUGGAACUUCAUUUAUCCAUAAGCAUUCAAAAAAUGCGGGAAAAAGUAUACCAAACUCAUUUAUUCGUGAACAAAUUGUAAAAUUGGGUGUAAUGUAUAAUUUGGCUUCUAAAUAUACAAGUUUUCUUGCAAUUGAUGAAAGAGAUAAUAAGUUAGUUACUGAAGCUAAAAGUUUACCAGCCCAAAUAAUAGUCCCAGUUAUUGCUUCUCCUGCUUGUCACCUUAUUUCUUCAAAAUUUAGUCAUUCAGCUUCUACUUCAGUUGCUCAUUUGUCAACUCCUACUCAAGCUGUUCGAGCUGCUCAAAAGGUUUAUUAUAGGCCUAUGAAAAAACGUGCUCGUGCUGCAUUUUCUGAAGAGUCAUUUACUACUCAUUCUUACAAUAAUCAGGAUGCUAAUUCAAGUUUAAUUGCUUCUGCCGCAAAUCCGUUAUAUUUAAUGAAUUCAUCUAUUUCUUACAGCAAUUGCGAUUCUAGUAAUUCUUUUGCUUCAUCUAUUCCUCACAACAAUUACGAUUCUAGUAAUUCUUUUGCUUCAUCUAUUACUUACAGCAAUUGCGAUUCUAGUAAUUCUUUUGCUUCAUCUAUUCCUCACAACAAUUACGAUUCUAGUAAUUCUUUUGCUUCAUCUAUUACUUACAACAAUUACGAUUCUAGUAAUUCUUUUGCUUCAUCUAUUACUUACAGCAAUUACGAUUCUAGUGAUUCUUUUGCACCAGUUUUACCAAUUACUGUAAAACCAAAAACUCCAAAGAUUGAAACUCUUUAUAAUUUUCUCGAUUUCCAAUCUUUUAAUGGAUCAUUUUUACCAUCCACUGAUUUUUAUUCUUGGUUUGGUAAAAAUGGUUUUAAAGAUUUUGAAGUUAUUGGAAUUGAAAAUGAGAAUGUAUUAUGUUUGGCAUUAGGAAUGGCAUAUUUGGAAAUUAUAAUGUUUGAAACAUUUAAGGUAGAAUGUGAAAUGUGUUAUGAAAAAGCUAAAAAAGUUUUGAAAAAAGAAGUUGGUGGUGAUGAACAAAAGAUUAAUGAGAUUUUGGAGAAAGUUAAAGAAUGGGUUAAAAAUUGGGUUGAUGAAUAA